UCCAAACUGUGAAAUCCCCCGAAGUUCCCCUCAACCUUUUCCAGUGAACCCCUUUGACAAACAAAAGCAAAUUUGCAUGUUACAACAAACAGAAAAACAAAUGCUAGUGCCAGCUACCUAGCUAGCAUAAGUUAGCAUAGCAGUGUUUACAGCUAAACUUAAAAUGUUUCUAUCCAUACAUCGGCUGCAGUCUAGUGAACCAACUACCAAUGCUAUUAGCUAUGUAGCUAAUGUAAGCUAGCAUUGAAUUGAGCCACAAUUUAGCAUUUGGAACGACGCAGCUAAUCGUUAGAGGCUAUCGUUAGCUUACUUUAGCUAAACAGCUAACGUUAGCAUUACCACAUUGCAGCAAAACCACAGCAAAUGAUUUAAGAGUGGGGCUUUGUAAAGACGUUAGCAUAGCUAAACAGAACUUAACCCACUGUAUAAAGCCCAAGCUUCAACCUUCAGGCUGUCACAACAUACAUGUUAAUGAUAACAGGUGUAUGAUAACAGGUGUUACGGACCGUCGCGUUUCCCUCUUCUUUUGAAUCGAAGUGUGGUGGCUGAAUUUUAAGCCCCGCCCCUUCCGAGAGCUGCGCAGAGGCGCAUCUUCAAACACCUUGUGAAGGUAACGGUAACGUCAGGUUAGCUAGCGGCUACACAGUGUUAGCUAUGGGCAGCUUCAUGGAAAACGCCUUCCCAGCUGGAGAUGAAAGCGACGCCAGCAAUGACGACUGGGACAUCGGGUGUACUUCGGAUAAAAAGUCCUCUCGUGUCAAGGAUCAGGAUGAUGAUGUACCACAUGUACAAGAUGAUGUGUCAAGGUUGAAAAGAGCCAUCAGUAAAGGACACACUCAGACUGUCGAACAGCUGUUGGACAAAGGCAUGGACGUGGAGACCAGGCUCGGCUUUGAAUGGACUCCUCUGAUGUGUGCUGUCAAUGUGGCUGAUUACGACCUGACCAAACUGCUACUGGACAGAGGGGCCAGUGCCAACUUCAGCAAAGAUAAUUGGACAGUGCUCAUGGCCAGCUGCACAGCAUCUGCCAGUGAAGACAAAAUUGCUCGUUGUGUGGAGAUCUUGCUGUCCAGAAAUGCUGAUCCGAACAUGGUGGACAGGUCUCAAAUGACCUGCCUGAUGCUGGCAGCCAGGGACGGCUACAGUAAGGUCAUCAACCUGCUGGUCUCACAUGGGGCAGAAAUCAAUGCCCAGGAUAGCAAUGGAUACACGGCUUUGUCUCUAGCAGUGCAGUACGGCAGAGAGGAGGCGGUGCUGAAGCUCCUCCAGCUGGGAGCUGACAAAACAUUACGCACCAAGGCUGGCAAAAGCCCUGCAGACCUGGCUGUGACUUUCAAACACACACAGAUCGGCAGGAUCCUGGCCUCUUCAUCCCACAUCUCUACAGUCCAGGCCUUCAGCUCCAUGGAGGAGACCCUCUCAAAGUUCUUCAAGACCAACUCUGAACCGCCACCUUCUCAGGAAAGUGUAAACAAGCUUGAUGACCUUGAGCUCCUCCUACAUGGCCUCGAUCUCGGCUACCUCACUGACAUUAUGACAGAAAAUGACAUCACCUGGAGCUACCUGUUGACCAUGGAGAAGGAGGACCUGGAGAAGGUUGGUAUCAAAGACCCAGAGGACCAGCAGAAGGUGCUGAGUGCUGUGCGGCAAAUGCACCUGGACAAAGUGGACCUAGACACUAUCAGCCUACCAGGAGCCGAGGACAGUGGGAGUGAGGAGCUGCAUAACUUCCUGAUAAGUGUGAAGCAGCAAUGCUGCUACCUGACGGAGAUGAUUCAGGACGUCGUCAGCCGGUUUCCCCGCCAAACAUCUCAGCUGGUCUUCUCACUGGACCCGAAGAAGGAGGCUCAGGCCGUCUGCAACCAGCUGGUGGUCCAGACUACAGACCUGCAGAAGGAAGUCACCUGCCUCCACAGUCUGCUGUGCCAGAUGGACGAGGCCGGAGAUUGCUGUCAGCUUCCUCAACCUGGUUCCCACGGCAACCGGAGGAUGCGGUCCCUGACCGGACUCACAGUGAGCACACUCGGAGCCACCUUCGUCUUCCUCCUUUACAAAGCGGCCAGUGGGAAGGGUUACCUGCAGAGAUGGUUGUGUUAAUCAUUAGUUAAUGAGCUCGUGAUAACAAUUUGUUUUUGAUAACAGUAGGUGAUAAACUGGAUCACUGAGGGACUGAGAUGUUUCAGGAAAAGGUUUGACAGGACAGCGUUGUUAUUUUGCAGCUGUAACACCUGAUUUCCACUUUGCUCUGUCUUGUCUUUGAGUUACGUUCUGAAUUCUUUGUU